UUAUUCGUGACUUUUUCAAAAUGGAGGAAGGUGACAAUAAAACAGAAGUACAAUCAAGUGAAACAAAAAAAUCAUAUGCCGGUAUUCCUGAAGCCGAAUUUGUGGAAGAUGUCGAUGAAUUUAUGGCAAAGGCAGAAAACGAUGGAUCUGCGGAUAAAGUAUUGAAAAGAUUAGAUGAAAAUCAUAGUAAAUACAAAUUUAUGGAAUACAAUUUAAUUAGCAAACGAAGAAGAUUAAAAGUACAAAUUCCCGAUUUGGAACAAUCACUUGAGAUGAUUGAAAAAUUACAAACGGAGAAAAAUAACAGUAAAAAUUUGGAAACACAAUUUUUAUUGUCUGAUCAAGUUUUUGCUAAAGCUAUUAUUCCACCCACGGAUAAAGUGUGCUUGUGGCUUGGUGCUAAUGUUAUGUUAGAAUAUUCUCUUGAUGAUGCACAAGAACUUUUGACAAAAAAUAUGGAAACAGCUAAGAAAAAUUUGGGUUUUGUUGAACAUGAUUUAGAUUUCAUAAGGGACCAAUUUACAACCACCGAAGUUAAUAUGGCUCGUGUAUAUAAUUGGGACAUUAAACGCAAACAAGCCGCUAAAUCUUUAAGUCAUAUAGACGAAGAAGAAGAGGAGGUGGCCAAAUCAACAUGAAAUUUUUGCAUUUUAAUCAAAAAUCAUUUAAUAUUUAAUGAUUUUUGCUUUUACAUUAUUAAUUUUUUUUUCUUUAUUUUCUAAUACUCAUGAACCGGUUGAAAAAUUAUUUUACAGCAUAAAACGAAAAAUAUAGAAUUGCAAUUGAAAAAUUACAAUUGUUUUAUUAAAAUGUCUAGAAAGGGUAAUUUACACUAUUUACAUUUAAAAAAUAAUAUGUACGAAACUCAGGAUUAUAAAAUUCGCUUUGAAUCAAGUUUGCGUCGCAAUUUUUUAAUCAAAUCUGUAUAAUGAAUUAUAAUAAAACUAGUUCGUAAUUUA